AUGCUGCUUAUUGGCCUGACUGGGUCCAUAGCGACCGGAAAGUCUACCGUCUCCUCCAUUCUUUCGUCUCCACCUUACAAGCUUCCCAUCAUUGAUGCAGACGUGCUGGCGCGCAAAGUGGUCGAGCCAGGGACUGCCGGCUACAAUGCAAUCGUCAAAUACUUUGGUCCGACGACGCCCGAGCUCCUGGUCGAGCCGUCGGACACAAUGCCGGAGAAUGGAAUCAAUGGCAAGGGCAGGCCUCUCAAUAGGCCAGCAUUGGGCAGACGCGUCUUUGGCGAUAGCGAGGAGCGGAAAAAGGAUCGAGGCGUCUUGAACAAGAUUGUCCAUCCCGCCGUGCGCAAGGAAAUGUACAAGUCCCUGCUCUGGUGCUAUGUCACGGGUCAUUGGGCAGUGAUAUUGGAUGUUCCCCUCUUGUUUGAGAGUGCGCUGGAUCGCAUGUGCGGAGUCGUCAUGGUAGUCGCCGUCAGAGAACCCGAGGUGCAAAUGAAGAGAUUAAUGGAUCGCGAUCCCCAUCUCACUAGGGAGGAUGCACAAAACCGGGUCUUGAGUCAGACAGACGUGAGGCUCAAGGCGAGGAGGUGCGAGGCUCGGGGCAAGGGAAAGGGGGUUGUGGUUUGGAACGAUUCGUCCAAGGAGGAGCUCAAGGCCGAGAUUGACAAUGCGAUCCAGGAGAUACAAAAGAGAAGCCCCAGCUGGUGGAAUUGGUUCCUUUUGCUCAACCCUCCACUGGCCGUACUGUCAGGCGCAUGGACAUUUUGGCAAAAUGUGCAAAUCAACAAGAGGUGGAAUGAGCUGGAGCUCAAGGAAAAGGCAAAGCUGUAA